UGUUUCCCGUUGCUGCAACUGCUGCGCCAGACAUGACUUACUUUAAAUUAAACUGCUAGUCACCGUAUGAUCGUAGAGGAGGUUGUGCAGAAAUUUUUGUUGACCAAAAAUUCUAGACAAAGAAGACGUAUGACAUAUAAAAUUAUAAAUAUACAUUAAAAUUUCUAUUGGGAAAUGGACAUUAGCGGCAGAGGCAAGACACCGUCAACAUUCUUUACUUUGUGCCAUGAAAUUUGGCAGGAAAAAGAACUCGAUUUCCUACUUGAGGCUUGGCUGCAGCAGUUGCAAGAAGAAAACGAACGACUGAAGAAAGCAGGGCAGACUUCGUCAUCGAGUGUGUGUCGCGAUGUCGUUGGUCGGCUGUAUUCGUUCCUCACGUACGUUGUGCGUGCCGCUAACCUGCCUCAGGCACUUGUAUACAAGUCCAUCGAUCUCUACUGCAGGUUCAUAGUUAAGCACAUCGAAGUCAUGACUGAGUACGUGGAAGAGAACGCAGGACAUCAAUCAUCUGAUAUAAAAACCAAAUCUUCCUCGAAAGGCAAGACAUCGACGCGGAAGAGAAGCCUCAGCAGAAAAGAAGAGGAACAACAGCGGCAUCAGAAGCAGGUGCUUCUGAAGAAAGUCAUUGAGAGGCUCGCAGAACAGACUCCGCUUAGGCUGCUCUCGUGUCUUCAGCUCAUCUCCAAAAUUGACUCAAACUCUAAGAUCCUCAGCAUCGCCAAGCUGCGGGCCGCGCUGCGCUGUCUCAAGCUCGACUACUCCAACCGAGCGAUCCUGCGCUCCGAGACCAGGGUUCUCGAAACGCUUGGACACCGAUGUUCUUUCCCGAGCUCACAUUUGGAGUACAUCAACCUACUGGCGAUGUGCAUCGUGUACAGACUGCGGCGGUCAUCUGCCAAGCAAGGCAAUGUCGAUACGACAGUAAAAAACUCGACGACUCAGCGCCGACGUCCGCAUGACGGGGACGAACAUGAAAUGCGUACCAAGAAACGUCGCUGCGAUGACCAACGCAGGGAAGGAAAUAGAGAAGAUCUGCAAUUUUCCCGAGAGUUUAAAACAUCAAAUAAGAAUCUAAUCAAGAAACUAAAGAAUAAGACAAACUCGCCUAAAACCUCUAGCCAUUCCAAACCGGACGAAAAUACGUCGAAGAAACAACAAUCUCCGUCGAAAAACGCCCCUGAAAUACUUGAUGACUCGCCUGUUCCAUCGGAUAAGUUUCGAAAUGAAGAUCAUCCGCAUGGCGCUGGAAAUCUGAGCGAUAAAGUACACAUUGAACCAAAUUUGGCUCGUCUCAUUGAAGAAGACAUGAGUGAUGUACACGAGUCGGCCUUAACGCUCCUAGACGCGUCUUACUUGUACAGAUCUGAACUGUAUGCUGCAUUGCUCUACAAGAUUACCGGAAAGACGGAAUUAGCACCGAAAUUCAGGCGCGCGUACGGCAGCGUAGAGGACGAUCGGCUGUUGCUGUGCGCAAGUUUGCUGUUCUCGGCCUUCCAGAUCCACGGCGGCGACGCCUACACAACCGUUGUCGGCCCGCUGCUGGCCACGGGCGCUCAGCUGCUGCACGCAGACAUACGCACCUUCAGCGACGUCAUUAUCUCAACUCUGAUUGAAAAAAGACAGUAAUGUGUGCGCAAAUUAAUGUCUGCACAAAUUAGGAAGUUUUGCGCACAAAGUUUUUGGUGUUAGAAACAUGUGUUAUGUUCAAGUCGUAGAAUAGCUUGCUGGGAGAGCUAAAUUUCUGAAUAAGAGGCAAUAGAGUUAGUUUCAUGAAUCAAUAAGGAGCGCAGCAUGAAAGUGGUAUGACGGAAUUGAGGGUCCGUGCGAGUUUUUAUAUGAAUUAAACGUUGGAUUAGCCAGUCUUGCUAAGCAAUUGCGAGAUGGUAACUGAGAGAUGGCAGUACA